AUGAGCGGCUCUGAAAUUACCUCUAGCUCUGCGCCGGUCGGAGACCUUAGGGAUGGUAAAGGGAACGAGUUUAUCAAGGUGCAGAAUGAGGAUGAGCUGCGGUUGGCCCAGAUGGGGCAUAAACAGGAGCUGGAUAGACAUUUCUCGCUUUGGAGUUUGAUUGGACUCGCGGCGAAUUGUACUAUUUCAUGGACAGGCCUCGGCUUGGGUUUAAUGACUGCAAUCAAUGCAGGUGGACCUGGCGCCCUGAUAUAUGGCUUCAUCCUCGUUUUCAUCCUUCAAUCGUUUGUCGGCGCUUCGCUGGCAGAAUUCGUGUCAGCAUACCCCACGGAGGGAGGAAUGUAUCAUUGGAUUGCCGCCAUUGCUCCCAAACGAUACAAUAGCUUGCUCAGCUUUGCCACUGGUUGGUGCACUGUAUUCGGAUGGAUCUUCACAACUGCAUCAACCAAUUUGAUCUAUGCCACGACGGCCAUGGCAUUGAUUGCUCUGUACCAUGAUGGGCUGGUUGUUCAACCAUGGAUGACUUUUGUCGCAUAUCAGAUCCUCAAUAUCCUGACUGCGGGUGUGGUCAUGUUCGGGAAUCGGUUUAUUCCGGCAAUCAACAAGUUUUCAUUGGUCUACCUGCAAUUGGCCUGGUUUAUUACCAUGGUUGUCGUGGCCGCCAAAGCCCCACUUCAUAAUGACAGCAAGUUCGUGUUCCGCACCUGGAUCAACGAAACCGGCUGGGACAACAAUGUCAUCUGUUUUAUCACUGGACUGGUCAAUCCAAUGUACUCACUUGGAGGCCUGGAUGGAAUCUCGCACAUCACAGAAGAAAUGCCCAAUCCUGGAAGAAAUGCUCCUUUGGGCCUAGCUAUUACCCUAUCAAUUGCGUUCGUGACCGGACUAUCUUAUCUGCUCAGCCUGAUGUUUUCAGUUCAAAAUUAUGGCAGCUUGGCUGACACACAUACCGGACUUCCCCUUGCUGAGCUCUUUUGGCAGGCAACCUCUACAAGAGGUGGAGCAUUCGGGCUGGUGUUCAUGGUUUGGAUCGCUCUUGGACCCUGCGUCAUUGGUUCACAGUUGAGUACCGGGCGAGUAUUCUGGGCCUUUGCUCGCGAUGAGGGCCUGCCGUUGUCAAACAUCUGGGCCCGUGUCAACCCUAAGCUGGGCUCGCCGUUCAAUGCGCAGCUCUGUGUUACCGUGAUUACCGGCCUCCUUGGCUGCAUCUAUUUGGGAUCGACCACGGCGUUCAAUUCAAUGAUGAGCUCUGCGGUGACAAUCAACAAUCUCGCCUACGUUGUGCCGAUCCUGACAAAUGUUAUCUUGUUCCGUCGAACCAUGCGCCGCGGCCCAUUCUUCAUGGGUCAAACGGUAGGAAUGACUGUCAAUAUCAUCUCUGUGGCGUGGCUGGUGUUUGCCAUUGUCUUUUUCUCGUUCCCGUACCAGAUGCCUGUAACUGUAUCAAACAUGAACUAUACCUGUGUUGUUGUAGGCGGAUUCUUGACCAUUGAGCUUAUUUGGUGGCUCAUUGCUGGAAAGAGCCGAACUCAGGCAGAUGGCCUACCACCAUUUAAAGCAAUCACUAUCCCAAACGUCAAGAGGUUAUCCAAAGGCUGGGACCUCAAAUGCUGGGAAUCCGAUAUCCACCUUGCCCUUAGAAACCGCAACCUUUCGGCUGUCAUUAGCCACCACCUUCCACAACCCACCCAUGACCAUAUCUCCUACGACAACUGGUUGAAAUGGUCACAGCUGGUCAAUAAGUGGCUGAUCCAUAAUCUAGAUGGGGGGUUCGCCAUCCUCCUAGAAUCUAUUCGCCCUUACCUAGACCUAGCUGACGAAACCUACCUCGCGAUCAGGGACUUGCGGUUCCCCGACAAAGAAGACAUCGUGUCUGAGUUCAUCAAGCUGUGGUCCAUGCGACGUCACCACUUCCACUCGAUCGCGGCCUAUGUUGGCGCCUGGCGGGCACAAUACGCUGCUACCAAAGUGAUGCUUCAUGAGAUCAAGGGCGAAAUGCCGGAGUUGUGCUCCUACAUCAACUACCAGAUUGGUGACCCUCGUGCCACAUCCGGCAAGAUGACCUACGACGAGUUCGAUGGUAUCGUGAAUGGCAUCCUUCGUACCUUCUUCUAG